AUGGCUUCCUCACACUCCCAUGUGUCUUCAAUCAACCAAGCAAGCGCACCGUCCCAACCCCCUGUCGAAAAACCCUCAGCGCCGCCCGUCAAUACCCUCCCCUCCAAAGUAGCACUUGCCUAUUCAUAUGCGCACCCUACACUGAUCUUAGCACUGUGUGCUGCACGAUUCCAGGCAUUGGUCGCCGACCCAAUCCAAGAGCUGCUUACAGACCUUCCAUGGUUGGCUCUCCUUCAACUUCUCUACGUGAUACUCUGUCUUCCACCUGCAGGAUCAACAACUGCCGCGGACAGCUCUGCCAGUGAUGGCAAGGCAACACGCUCGCGUGCAGGAAAGCCUGGAUAUCGCCGAAAGCACUCUGGGAAAAACUGCUGGGCAGGGAUCUGGGCUAAAUUGAUGCCUGCUUUGCUCUCACUAGGUCUGACCACCUUGGUUGCAACUCCGGUUAUCGCUGCGCUACUCGUCAUGUUCGGCGCCCCACUCACCACCCACAACUACGAAACUGUACUCUGCGCAGCCCACAUGGCCUUUCUCUCCGCUUCUACAUUGCUAUACGUCCACGGUGUUGAUGGCUCCGUAUGGAAGGAGAUUUGGAGUAUCGAUCGACCUGCGGACACUGUCUGGGGGAGUGCCCUCGGCACAGGUCUAGGUGCCUGGUUUGGUGCCAUCCCCAUCCCUCUAGACUGGGACCGUCCUUGGCAAGCGUUUCCCAUUACCAUCUUGGUUGGCGCAUACAUCGGCUAUGCGCUUGGAGCAUUGAUCUCCCGGACACCCCUGUUAUAUGGUAGGCGCAUUCAGUUUGCGCCCGAGUCGGAGGAGGAAGACGAGAAGAAGACCAACUAG